GACGAGAGCCGUGCUGUAGCCCCAAACAACCUGUCGGUUCAUCGCUAAGAAAGGCUUCAUUUUUGCUUGAUAACAACUGAGUGAGCGACAACAGACGCAAAAUGGCGCCGAAAGAUGAAAAGGACGCUAUUCCCGUCGAGUCCGACAAGAAAAAGGACGACGACAAAGCAAAAAAACUCAAGAAAUCGGAAGAGGACCUGAAGGAAGAAUCCAUGAGUGAAGAGGACAAGGAACUCAAGGAGAGGCUUGAGACCUGCGUUUCCACCGUAACUAAUGAGAAAAAUGAGGAGGCCGUUACCAUCCCCAUUCGGGCUACUGCUCUUGGUGUCAUCGUAAACGAAUUGCGCACGGCAACCGCUUCCAUGACAUCUGUCCCGAAGCCGCUGAAGUUUUUGCGGCCGCAUUUUGAGUCUCUCAAGACACUAUAUCUUUCGCUACAAAAAGAAGAGGCCUCGUCCAUGGAAAAGGAACCACUUGAAUUCAGGGCCAGACUGGCGGACGUUGUUGCCGUGUUGGCCAUGACUAUGAGCAAACCAGGUGAGCUAAUGAUUUGGCUUGUCGGACAGCGACAUUGAUGGAUGGACUUGUAUCGCUAUUUUCGGUUUGUAAGAUAUUCAUAAUUGAUCAAAUUGCAGUAUGCUCUAACAAUGCGAUGUGUAUUCAAAAUCUCGUCAUGCGUUUUUCAGAGGAUCGAGAAAGUCUCAAGUUCAAACUGUCGGGAGACAAAGAUUACGACGCUCUUGCGGCCAUGCAAGGCGAGUCCAAAAACGAGUCUGAAGACAAUUUAGGUAGCUGGGGACACGAAUUUGUCCGUAGUCUCGCGGGAGAGAUUGGCCAGGAAUAUAACCAAAGACUGAUCGAUGGAGCCGACCCAGAUUCCGACGAGGCCUUCGAAGACUUGCUGAAGUUUGUUCAUGUUAUCGUCCCCUUUCACUUGACGCACAAUGCCGAAGCCGAAGCGGUCGACCUCUUGAUUGAAGUUCAGAGACUGAAAUUUUUGCUGCAAUUGGACUCCAUCGAUGACAAAAACUUCAGACGCAUUUGUCUUUAUCUCAUGAAGACAGCAAGCUUCAUGUCAGACCCAGAUGAUUUGAUGGUACGUCAGAAAACUGAUGUUCCGUGUACAAGUUACAGUAUCGUAAUACUCAUCCAUUUUUCUCUUUCCUGAACAGGAAAUGCUCGAGACUGCCUAUGAAAUUUAUCGCAAACAAAAAGAAUACUUUGAUGCACUUUUGGUCGCACUGCGAAUGGACCGUCUAGACGAAAUCCCCGUUCUCAUGAAAGAGUGUGAAGAUGGUUUGAUGAAGAAACAGAUGUGCCUCAUGCUGGCUCGGCACCGAGUCAAUUACGAGGUCGAAGAUGAUCCGGAAGAAGAUGAGUUGAACGAACUUAUCGGUAAUGAAAAACUGAGCGAGCAAUUCUUAAAGGUAGCCCAGGAUUUGGACGUUCUUGAUCCCAAGACACCGGAAGACAUCUACAAGUCUCAUUUGGCAGAAACAGGCGGAUUCAGUCGACGACGAGAUGUUGGAGGUGCUCAAGUAGACAGUGCCAGAGCAAAUCUUGCAUCUACUUUUGUAAAUGCCUUCGUCAAUGCUGGAUUCUGUAACGAUAAGUUGAUGACCCCCGAUAGCGAAUGGCUUUACAAGAACAAAGACCACGGAAUGAUGUCGGCUGCUGCCUCCCUUGGAUCUAUCUUGUUGUGGAAUGUUGAAGAAGGUUUGACUCAGAUCGAUAAAUUUCUUUACAGCAACGAGGAGUACGUGAAGGCCGGUGCAGCCCUGGCUGUCGGAAUUCUCACUAGUGGGGUAAGAAACGAUGCCGAUCCCGCUCUUGCCUUGCUUAGCGAGCAUGUCGAAGGUGAAAGUCAUACCAUGAAGAUUGCAUCUUGUACCGGACUCGGAAUUGCGUACGCCGGAACAGGCCGUGAAGAUGUUAUGGAAUUACUAGUCCCAAUUGUUGAAAACACGGAGGGCGGGCCUAACACCUUCAUGGAAGUAGCUCUCGCCGGGCUCGCUCUGGGAAUGGUUUUUGUUGGAAAGUGUGACGACAACGUAGGUGGAACUAUUGUUCAACGGUUGAUGGAGGCUAGUGAUGAAGAACUCGAUCAUUCCCAUGCACGUUAUUUAUGUCUCGGCCUUGCACUUCUAUUUUUGGGUCAAAUGGAAAAGGCAGACGCGAUGAUCGAAGCCUUGCGAACUGUCGAGCACAAAAUUUCCAAGUUUGCCGUCUUGAUGUUGGAAAGUUGCGCCUAUGCAGGGUCUGGAAAUGUACUGAAGGUUCAAGAGAUGUUACACCAGUGCACGGAACAUCUAACAGAAGAUGCUCAGCAUCAAAUGGUUGCAGUUUUGGGUGUUGGGUUGAUUACAAUGGGAGAAACUGUCGGAACAGAAAUGGUUCUUCGAACCUUUGAUCACUUACUUCACUAUUGCGAGCUACCGAUCAAGAGAGCUGUUCCUCUUGCGUUGGCGAUUUUGCACAUAUCGAAUCCCGAGUUUGCAGUCAUUGAUCAACUUUCACGAUUAUCUCACGAUCCUGACACCGAAAUAUCUCAAAACGCUAUAAUUGGAAUGGGAGUUGUCAGUGCUGGUACGAACAACUCCCGAGUAGCUGGUUUGUUGAGGCAGUUAAGCGAAUUCUACAGCAAAGAAGCCAGUCAUGUGUUUUGCGUGCGCAUCGCACAGGGACUGUUGCACAUGGGAAAGGGUCUCAUGACGAUGCAUCCAUUCCAUGCAGACCGUAUGCUCUUGAAUGGACCCACUCUUGCCGGAGUUCUAGUGUUGCUGCAUUCUUGUCUCGAUCUUAAGAAUACUCUUUUGGACAAGAGUCACUUUCUCUUGUACUAUCUGACCUGCUCUAUGAACCCAAGAAUGCUCAUUACAGUCAACGAGGACAUGUCGUGGCGACCGGUUACUGUUCGGGUUGGACAAGCCGUGGAGACUGUGGGGCAGGCCGGUAAACCAAAACGCAUUACGGGGUUCCAGACUCAUACUACACCGGUAUUGUUGGGUGUCACAGAUCGUGCCGAGCUGGGAACGGAAGAAGUUCUUAGUGUAAGCAGUAUUCUGGAAGGUGUAGUAAUUGUCAAAGACAAUCCCGACUACGAAGAACACGACAAAGAUUCAAAAUAAUAAUAAGGACAAAAAUUCAAAUGUAACUUGGUAUUGCUUAAAAAAUGUAUUCGUAGGACGCGGAGUACCUCACUUUGUACGAAAGAAGACAAAAAUAGAGCUUUUGUCGAACAUCAUCUUCCUCACGCUUGCCCGAUGAUGUUUCAAAACUUGAUAAAAAAUGUAUGUUCCAAGCAGACUGGACUUCAAUUGGAACCUUCGAGCGCCUCUCGAGCUGCAGCCUGCUGGCAAAAUUCUGGAUCACCGUAGCUACUAUUCACUUUCGACCUCGUCACUCGCCGUGAACGUAGCGAUCCCCUCUGUUUCUUGAAUGCUUCAAUAUAUUCUACUUUGAUGUCGCCUGUGCUAUCGUCGGGGCUUCUGCCGUGAUACGAAAUGUCCAAGCCAACGAGUUCUUCCAAGGAGUCAGCUCGCAACCAGCCCUUGUAGUUCAGCCAGAUGAAGAAGGGCAUCAUGGUGACUCCCACCCAGCCAAGAAUAAAUACCACCAAAGUAACCUGGCAUCCCACGAGAUUUCCAGCGUUCUCAUUGCCCCUGGCAAAGAACAAACCCGGAUACUCGCUCGAUCCCGGGUACGCCAUUUCCAUCAAGCGCGGUGACGCAAAGAGCCCCGUGGCAAGCACUCCC